AGUGACGUCAUCGUGGGACGGCCCCUGGGGACCCGGGCUGCGGACGGACGGCAGUGCGCAGGCGCAAGCAGUCGGCGCAGGCGCGCGGGCUCCAGGAUGCGGCCCGUUCCUCCCGGCGUGCUCCGCGGUCCUCGGCUCACACCGCCCCCUGGGCUGGUGGAAGGGGCCGCGAUGGCGGCCGGCGCCGGGACGACUCGGCUGCUUCUGCUCUUGCUGAUGGCGGUAGCAGCGCCUAGUCGGGCCCGAGGCAGCGGCUGCCGGGCCGGGGCCGCCGCGCGGGGGGCUGGGGUAGAAGGCCGAGAGGGCGAGGGCUGUGGCCCAGUGGGACUGCUGCUGGAGCACUCGUUUGAGAUCGAUGACAGUGCCAACUUCCGGAAGCGGGGCUCACUGCUCUGGAACCAGCAGGAUGGCACCUUGUCCCUGUCGCAGCGGCAGCUCAGUGAGGAGGAGCGGGGACGACUUCGGGAUGUGGCAGCCCUGAACGGCCUGUACCGUGUCCGGGUCCCGAGGCGGCCUGGGGCCCUUGAUGGCCCAGAAGCUGGUGGCUACGUCUCUUCCUUUGUACCCGCAUGCUCCCUGGUGGAGUCGCACCUCUCGGACCAGCUGACCCUGCACGUGGACGUGGCCGGCAACGUGGUGGGCGUGUCGGUGGUGACGCACCCCGGGGGCUGCCGGGGCCACGAGGUGGAGGACGUGGACCUGGAGCUGUUCAAUACCUCGGUGCACCUGCAGCCGCCGGUCACGGCCCCGGGCCCAGAGACGGCGGCCUUCAUCGAGCGUCUAGAGAUGGAGCAGGCCCAGAAGGCCAAGAACCCCCAGGAGCAGAAGUCCUUCUUCGCCAAAUACUGGCACCUCAUCCUGGGGGGGGCCCGUGUUGCUCACAGCCCUGCGUCCUGCUGCCCCAGGGCCCGCGCCGCCGCCGCAGGAGGCCUGAUGGAUGUACAUCAUUCCUGUCGUCCUGUUCCUCAUGAUGUCAGGAGCGCCGGACGCCGGGGGCCAGGGCGGGGGUGGGGGUGGGGGUGGCAGCGGGGGCAGUGGCCGGUGAGGGGCUGGGGCGGGUCAGUGCCCAUCCUCUGACGCCCAGCGGCCUUCCUACUGCUAGAGUCUCUCACGCCCUUGGCCAUCCCGAGAAGGACUUGCCAGCCCCUCCUGCAUGCCCAUCCCGUGGCGGGAGGACACCCCCACCGGGAGGCAGCAUGCCGCCUGCGCCAGCCCUCGCCCUCUCUGGGCCUCUGUGUUCCUGUCGGCAGAGCAGUGGCCGCAUUCUGGGCCCUGGGCAGGGACACCCAUGUCUGCUGCAGCCCUGCCUCCCCCGUGUCCCCGCUGUGGCCCCAGGGGCUUCCCUUUGCCCUCAGGAUAGCAUCUCACCUCCUGGGCCACUGGCGGCUCAGCCUCUCCCACUUCGUGCCCCCCCCCGCCCCCCAAGCCCGUGCAGUCUGGGAACACGCCGAGUUCUCUCCAGCCUCCGUGCCUUUGCUGGGGCGGUCUCACCCUCCCGCCCCUGGCCACGUAGAUGGCCCCGUCCAGGCUCCUGCCCGUCUGACACUGGACCCUCCGCUGUCUCCCUCGAGGGCACGAGGGGCCCUGGCUCGACUUCUCCCCCCACCCCACCCCUCCUGGGUGCAGGUACAGCCCUGCCCUCAGGACGCCCUCGGUGGCCUCUGGGCUGGAAGGAAAAUGUUUAAGGUUAAAAAGAAACAAAAGAAAACUGACACUCAAUGGAGUCAAGGGCCACAUGCUGUACAACAACCCCUCCCGGCUGUCCCCUUCCCCGCUGUCCCCUUCCCCAGCUGUCCCCUUCCCCAGCUGUCCCCUUCCCCGCUGUCCCCUUCCCCAGCUGUCCCCUUCCCCAGCUGUCCCCUUCCCCAGCUGUCUCCUUCCUCAGCUGUCCCUCUCAGCAGGGCCUGAGCAGCCCACCUGCAGCGCGGCCUCUGCAAGUCAUCGCCCUCCCUUUUCAGUCUAUUUAAAAGCAUUGACAACAUAUUGAAAUACGUGAACGUUUUGAAAAGUUACAGCUCCCGACAGCCAAAUGCAACUGUCGUUUUGGCUCGAGCCGGCCGCGGUGCGGGUGCGCAGGCUUUCCUGAGAGCCACUGUUCACUUCAUACGUUACUAAGAAACAAGAAGAUGGCCGUCCCCGUCGUCCCCACCGCGUAACGCUCAGCUGUGUCGUGUGGCAGUUUAUUAUUAAACUGUUCCCCAAAUGUGCGA